CACCUGGCAUCUGCAACUUUUUUUUCCCAUCUUCUCUUCUGCCUCCAACCCAAAAUCUAUAUUCUCGGAUAUUUUUUUUGCUUCUCUUCUUUCCACUCGUCUCACCAAUUCUUGUCUAGGAGCAAUUGUUCAUCAUGUCUACCUUCUACAUCGAGAACAAAAACGUCGGCAACCAGGCCGACUCAGAAGAUUGGCGAAUUCGCGGCUACAACCCUCUAACACCGCCCGAUCUGCUACAGCAUGAGAUCCCACAGACGGCCGAGUCCAAGAAGGCAGUCAUUGACGGCCGCAAUGAGGCUGUAGCCAUUGUCAAUGGCAAGGACCCCAAGCACCGAUUGCUCAUUGUCGUGGGCCCCUGUUCGAUCCACGACCCUGAAGCUGCUCUCGCCUACUGCGAUCUGCUCCUCAAGGCCAAAGAGAAGCAUAAAGACGAGUUGCUCAUCGUGAUGCGCUCGUACCUCGAGAAGCCUCGCACCACGGUCGGUUGGAAGGGUCUCAUCAACGACCCAGAUAUCGAUGGUAGCUUCAAGAUCAACAAGGGACUGCGAUUGUCGCGCCAGCUCUUUGUCGACCUGACUAGCAAGGGCAUGCCUAUUGCAAGCGAGAUGCUGGAUACCAUCUCUCCUCAGUUCCUCGCUGAUUUGCUCAGCGUUGGUGCCGUUGGUGCGCGUACAACGGAGAGCCAGCUGCACCGUGAACUGGCGAGUGGCUUGAGUUUCCCCGUCGGCUUCAAGAAUGGAACCGAUGGUUCUCUUGGUGUCGCCAUCGAUGCCAUGGGCGCUGUCAAGCACCCUCACCACUUCCUUUCCGUCACCAAGCCCGGAGUUGUCGCCAUUGUCGGUACAACGGGUAACGAUGACUGCUUCGUUAUUCUGCGAGGUGGCACCAAGGGCACCAACUACGAUGCUGAGAGUAUCGCUGAAGCUAAAGCCGCUCUCGACAAGAAGGGAGCGCCUCCCAGAUUGAUGGUCGACUGCAGUCACGGCAACUCUCUAAAGAACCACAAGAACCAGCCCAAGGUUGCGAGUGUUGUGGCUGAGCAGGUGGCCAAGGGCGAGACGGCCAUCAUGGGGCUUAUGAUUGAGAGCAACAUUGAUGAAGGCAACCAAAAGGUACCUGAGGAGGGCAAAUCCGGGCUCAAGUAUGGCGUCAGUAUUACAGAUGCCUGCAUCAACUGGGCGGAUACAGAGGAGGUACUUGACAAUCUGGCUGAGUCUGUCAAGCAGAGAAGAAAAGUCCUGGGAGUGGAAAUCUAAGCUUGAAUAGCGCAAGUUGGUUCCAACAUCUCGGCUUAACAAGCCAAUUGGUUGUUUGCCACCAUGAUACCAGUGUAUAUGGAAUUGCUGGCUAUGCGCAAACAUGAUAUACUGGAUUCUACUUUUUCUUAUAUUUUGCUGUGCUUGAAAGAGAGCUAGAUAUGGGUUGCAUUUAUAACGCUCUCCGGGCGUGUACAUAUAGGAUUAGCAAAAAGUUUGUAAAAUACUUCUUCUAGGCAUAGGUACGGAAGCCAGUUCGAACAUGGAAAGAUGGGUUGAUAUGUGGCCUUUUCAAAAAGCG